CUCACCCUGUCUUGUUCUCUUUUUUGUCUCAAUCUCUGCACCAGUGGAAGUGCCACGUCCUGCGAAGAGUGUCUCCUCAUCCAUCCCAAGUGUGCCUGGUGCUCCAAAGAGGAGUUCGGCAGCACAAAGUCCAUCACAUCUCGGUGCGACUUCCUGCAGAACCUGAUUGCAAAUGGUUGUGCUGGAGCCAUUGAAAAUCCCAGCAGCAGCAUCAACGUGGUGAAGGAUGUCCCUCUGAGCAGCAAGGGCUCUGGCCAGAGCCACCUGGAUGUCACACAGAUCACACCUCAGAAAAUCGCCUUGAAUUUGCGUCCUGGUGACCAGACCUCCUUCCGAGUUCAGGUUCGGCAAGUGGAGGACUAUCCUGUGGACCUCUACUACCUGAUGGAUCUCUCCCUGUCCAUGAACGACGACCUAGAUAAUAUCCGCAAUCUGGGGACCAAGCUGGCUGAAGAGAUGCGAAAGCUCACGAGCAAUUUCCGUCUGGGAUUUGGCUCUUUUGUGGACAAAAACAUUUCUCCUUUCUCCUACACAGCACCAAGAUACCAAAACAAUCCCUGCAUUGGUUACAAGCUGUUCCCCAGCUGUGUCCCAUCCUUUGGCUUCCGUCACCUCUUGUCCCUAACGGAUAAAGUCGACCGUUUCAAUGAAGAAGUCCAGAAACAGAAGGUUUCUCGCAACCGAGAUGCUCCAGAGGGUGGCUUUGACGCGAUUUUGCAGGCUGCUGUGUGCAAGGACAAGAUCGGUUGGCGUAAGGAGGCAUCUCACCUGCUGGUCUUCACGACGGAUGAUGUGCCCCACAUAGCCCUGGAUGGGAAGCUAGGGGGGCUGGUGCAGCCCCAUGAUGGCCAGUGCCACCUGAAUGAAGCCAACGAGUACAGUGCGUCCAGCCAGCUGGAUUAUCCUUCCCUGGCACUUCUUGGGGAGAAACUCGCUGAAAACAACAUCCACCUGAUUUUCGCUGUUACGAAAAGUCAUUACGUCCUGUACAAGAACUUUACUGCCUUGAUUCCUGGGACAACAGUGGAGAUUUUGCACAAAGAUUCCAAGAAUAUCAUUGAGCUGAUCGUCAAAGCCUACAAUAGUAUUCGAUCCAAGGUGGAGCUGACAGUCUGGGACAGCCCUGAGGACAUUGGGUUGACCUUCACUGCCACAUGCCAGGAUGGAUUGUCCUAUCCUGGGCUCAGAAAGUGUGGGGAUCUCAAAAUUGGAGAUACGGUUUCCUUCGAGGUGGCUGUGGAGGCACGGAGCUGCCCUGCCGAGAACACCUCCCACACCUUCACCAUCAAGCCUGCUGGAUUUCGGGACACGCUGGAGGCCAGCGGCAAGUGCAGCGGCAACGGGACCUACGCGUGUGGGCUGUGCGAGUGCGACGCCGGCUACCUGGGGGCCAGAUGUGAGUGUGAGGAAGGGGCCAGUGGGGACAUGCACCACGCCAUGUGCCGAGAGGCAGAGGGCAAACCCCUCUGCAGUGGGAGAGGGGAGUGCAGCUGCAACCAGUGCCUCUGCUAUGAGAGUGAGUUUGGAAACAUCUAUGGACCCUUCUGCGAGUGUGACGACUUCUCCUGCGCCAGGUACAAGGGAGUCCUCUGCUCAGGCCAUGGAGAGUGUCACUGUGGGGAGUGCAAGUGCCACACCGGUUACAUCGGGGACAACUGCAACUGCUCCACUGAGACGGACAGCUGUGUUUCCAGUGAUGGGCAGAUGUGCAGCGGCAGGGGCACCUGUGUCUGUGGGAAGUGUCAGUGCACCGAACCAGGGGCUUUUGGAGAGACCUGUGAGAAGUGUCCCACCUGCCCAGGUUUCUGCUUUGUUAAACAGGGGGACUGCAUUGAAUGCAAGCUGUUUAACUCAGGAAGACUGGCUGAUAACCAAACCUGCCAAAAGCACUGCAAGGACGAGAUCAUCACCACUGUGGAUGUUCUCGAAACGGAUGAUCCAAACGCGAUCCUCUGCGCCUACCCAGUCAACAACUGUGUCAUGAAGUUCACAUACCUGGAGCUUGCCAGUGGGAAAUCCAACCUCACCGUCCUCAAAGAGCCAGCCUGCAGCUCAGCCCCCAGCACCGUGACGAUCGUGCUGGCAGUGAUUGGCAGUGUGGUGCUGAUCGGCAUCAUCCUGCUGGGGCUCUGGAAGCUGCUGGUCACCAUUCACGACAGACGGGAGUUCGACCGGUUCCAGAGUGAACGCUCACGGGCCAGAUAUGAAAUGGCAUCCAAUCCUCUCUACCGAAAGCCUAUUUCCACGCAUAACGUAGAGUUCACGUUCAACAAGCUCAACAAGUCUUACAACGGUACAGUUGACUGAUGGAGUCUCAGCGCCUGGGACUGCCGUGGACAAUUGCUUGACUGUACAAGCUGCUUCCCCACUUGAAGAUGGGAUGCUCUUCAGGAGCGAGAAUCCCUUACGACAGGACUGGUCGAUGACCAGAGCCUGUUAUUUGCACAGUAAGGAGAAAGGUCUGGUUAAUUUUGGAGGCAUGGACAUGAAGGCAGGUUCCCUGCCUGUGCUGAUGGACUCUGAGCCAUGUGUGACUCCAUACCCCAGCUUUCUGGAUAUAUUAAACCUGCCAACUAAGUCAACCAAGUGCCAUAUUGCAGCUUUAGACAUAUCCCACUAGAAAGGGUGACUAGGUCAAAAAUCAGGGCAACCCACACCAUCACAAGUUGUUAGGGGGGAAUUAGCUUAAAAAUGAAGAGGGUGCCGGAAGCAUUUGUGUAAAAAAUUAGGAUACAAGUGUUCUGCAGUCUUUAGGAAUUUUUUAUAUAAAAAGCAAAAUAAAACUAUUGUGCAUAUA